GCAGGAGAUUACUAUUAUAUAUAUAUAUUUUAUUUUUUAAACAGGAGAAAAGGCGCGUGCACACAGAGCGAAGCCACUGCGAGGUUUACUGCGCUGUCACAUCGGUGGGCCACGUUUUAAACAAAGUUCAUAGCGAUAUAUUAAUACUUCCUAAACCACGUGGGGCAAGUCACCAGUGUUCAUGUGUGACAUAUACAGCCUGGACUCUCACUGCGUGUCUCCACGAUGCAACAUGAGUUGGGCGAUGGAGCCUGCUAACUUCUACGAGGCUGCCAAGCUGGGCGCCCCGCAGAUGGGGAUCUGCAAGCCGGGCAGCAGGGGCGGCGACGGCGGCGGCGGCGGCGCGGCGGUGGCGGAGGACGGCGCCAUGGUGGAGCUGAGCACCGCCGCCGCCAUGUACGACGACGAGAGCGCCAUCGACUUCAGCCAGUACAUCGAGUCCAUGACGGCGGUGCCCAACCUGGAGCUGUGCAACGACGAGCUGUUCCUCGACCUGUUGAACACCGUGAAGCAGGAGAAGCUGGAUUUCUACAACAUGCAGAGCCCCGCGGUGCUGCCCGCCGACAUGCAGCAGCUGUCGGCCGCGUACGCGGCGGCGGAGCGGAAGGCGGACGCGGGGCUGGAUAAAGGGGCGUUCUGCGCGCCCAUCAAGCAGGAGUCCGACUGGAGCGACAGCGACGCGUCCUCGUCCCUGCCGUCGCAGAUCGAGAGCUGCGCGCAGACGUCCGUCAGCCUGCCGACGGGGCAGCCGACGCCCCCCACCACCCCGGAGCCCGGCUCCAGCAGCUCCGGCUCGGCCAGGUCGUCCCCGCGCAAGGCGGGCAGGGAGAAGGGGAAGCGGCUGGACCGGUACAGCGUGGAGUACCGGCAGCGGCGGGAGAGGAACAACAUCGCGGUGAGGAAGAGCAGGGAUAAAGCCAAGAGGCGCAACGUGGAUAUGCAGCACAAGCUGCUCGAACUGAGCUCCGACAACGACAAGCUUCACAAAACCAUCGAGCAGCUCACCAGAGAGCUCUCCGGGCUCCGAGACUUCUUCAAGCAGAUGCCCGGCGCGUCCUUUGCGGGCUCCUCGAGUGCAGCGAGCCGGUGACGGAUUCACUCGCCUCCGGACUGAGCUAUUAGGAGACAUACCUCAACAGACAUUUCGAUUUUUUUUUUACAUUUUACCAUCUGUACCAGAUGUAUUUUUAAGCUUACCAUAAUGGCACUGGAAAAAAAAAUAUAUACAUGAUGUUGCUGCCAUAUUUUGUGGGAUUUUUUUCUUCUCUGUAUUAAAUUAUUUUACCACUGCAUUUACAUGAUGUUUAUACCUGAUAUGGUACAUGUUAUAAUUCCAAACUUUGUAUAAGAGCCAGAGCAUGAUCUUUUAUAUAGUUUGUAUAUAAAUACCAAAAAAAACCUUAAACAUUUGUUUAUGGAAUCUAUAAUAAAAUUGCUGAAAAGGUGCAGAAAACAUC